GAAUCGACCACCUCUUCUCCACCUUUUUUCCCGUCCUCCUGACUACGGUAUUUAUCCUGCUCCCCUCCCUCGAGGGCCAUUGAGGAUUGCCCUCGUCGCUGCUCUCCCUCCUCUCCGACUCUCGCUGAGCUCCCAUGUCUCUGAUUCAGCAUGUCCACACACAGGAGGGCGCAGACAGGGAAGAGGCGUUGGUCGACCUCUUUCUGCCGCCGAUAGAACGCCAUGCAUCCGUGGAGCGCGCCAGGGAACGUCGUCUCUCCCUUGAAAGCGGCUUCGGCGGUAGCCAAAGGUCCGUACGGCGGGUCAUCAGUUAUGAUGCUCUGAAGCCGCCCGAGGAGACCACCGUCGCCGAGGAAUAUGGCGGUGUCACCCAGUAUCACGUCUCUACCUUCAAGCGCCUAGCGCAGGUGAUUACUACAGUGCUUGCUUGCUGGUUCGCCAGCGGCAUCGUCUUUGGCUUCGCAGCCCUGAAACCCAUUCUCAUCAAUGAGGGCGUCUUCCGCGAAAUGUGUGACCAGGACGAACUCGAUGCCGGUGUCGAAGUGUGCUAUAAGCAGGACCUGCGCCUGAACUUCUUCUUCAGCCUGGCUUCGACUACAACUAACGUAUCAGCCCUGCCGAUAGGGGCCAUUCUAGACCGCUACGGGCCCAAGGUAUGCUUCUUGUUUGGAAGUGCCUGCCUAUCUGUCGGCAGUAUCCUCAUGAGCCUUGCCUUCAGGGUUGACGAAUUCGAUGGAUAUACCCUAGGCAAUUUCUUCUUAGCCCUCGGUGGCUCUGCCAUCUUCUUGCCCUCGUUCCAGAUCGCCAAUGCCUUCCCUAAAUAUGCCGGAACCAUCGUUGCUACAAUUACUGGCGCCUUCGACGCCUCCGCUGCCGUCUUCCUCUUCUACAGACUUGCCUAUGAUGCGACCGGGGGUGCCUUCAAGCCCCAAACCUUCUUUCUAGCCUACCUAGUAGUCCCGUUGGCAAUAGUUGUCGCUCAACUUACCUUCUUGCCGACCGAGAACUACAAGACAGCGCCACAGCUGGAGAUGAAGAUUGCACGAGCCGAGGAUGACACCCGCGACGUCCAUUCCUCGGAUGAAGAGCUGCCAGACGAGGAAGUUUGGAAGGUCCGGAAGACCAGAAGCCUACAUCGGCAACGUCGACUCAAGAAACUCGACGAGCUGGUUGGAGGUCCAGAGACAAGGAAGCACAGAGAAGAGCAAGAGGAACACAAGCACGAGGUCUCUGGCGUCUGGGGUGCUCUGCACAACAAAACCGCCAGAGAGCAGAUGCUCAGCCCCUGGUUCUAUCUUCUCGCUCUCCUGACUGUUUUGCAGAUGAUCCGCAUGAAUUACUUCAUUGCUACGAUUCGCGAGCAGUACACCUAUAUGCUCGACUCGACGAUUCUCGCAGCACGCAUCAACGACUUUUUUGACUGGGCGCUCCCAAUUGGCGGCGUCCUGUCUACGCCUUUCCUCGGCAUCAUGCUUGAUAACCUCAGUACGCGCGUGGUCCUAUUGCUUCUCACUCUCAUCAUUACCGCAAUAGGGGUGGUGGGCUCGAUACCCGCUCUGUGGGCCGGCUACGUGAACGUUGUGCUCUUCUGCCUUCUCCGGCCCUUCUACUACUCGGCAAUGUCCGACUAUGCAGCCAAGGUCUUUGGGUUUGCCACAUUUGGUCGCGUCUAUGGCACCAUCAUCUGCUUCUCUGGCCUCAUCAAUCUGUGCCAGACCGGCAUCGACGCGCUUACCAAGGGACCUUUCGAGGGUAACCCGAUCCCAGUCAACGUGUUCCUAGCCGUGGCAGGCUUCGUCCUUGGAACCGCUCUCGUGGUGUACGUGAGCGUGCAGACAUAUCGCAUGCGGAAGAAGCUCGCCGAGGAAGAUGCCAUGACGGUGACGGACAUGGACAGCGUCCUCGACAGCCUAGUGGAAGAGGACGAACCACAAGAUUAUGGCACUAUAUCCGCUCCCCCCGGGCGUAACUAUUAGAAUUGCCAUGGGUCCAUUGUCGCACGGCUUCCACCAUGGUCACUGUCAUUAUACAUCGCCCGGCUCGCAAAGUCGUUCCGGUUUUUGCGCAGUUUCUACGUACACGGCGCAUCGGAGUGCAGUAUGAAGUGACGGCUCUCCGGGUAAUGUCCACACACUGAAUACCCUUUGUUUUACUUCUCGUGGUUUCAGCGUAUUUGGUUUUCGGUCUUGUUCCUAUAAAAUUUCGUCUGCUGUUUGGGUGUUGGAAGACCUAAGGAUAUUUCCGGUAACGAUUGUUAGGUAGUAAUCCUAUUCCUCCCUAUCUCCCCAUCUCUGCAUCAUUCCCGAACCUCAUCGCAGGCGAUAGUGACCCAGCGACGACAUGCUUGUACUUGAGUCGGGU